AUGGUUGAAAUCCGCAUCGCCCAUACGUCGUCUACAGUCGAUGCUGCAAAGCCUCUCCAGCAGUUGCGAAACAUCCCUCACGCGAAAAACGCAUCGCGUCCGUUGCAGAAGUCUCUCCAGGGAGCUCUCCAGGGAGGCGUGUCGGGGUCACCUCCCCCGGAGUGCCUACCUCGCACCAGCAGCGCAGAGUGCAUGGUUGACAAGUCUCUGGAGGCGGAAGGUUUGGGCAGCUGCUUCAGAAACCUCUCGGCAGACGUCAGCCACACCCGUCAGGGAGUGACGACAACAGCGACGGUACCGAGGGAGGCGUCCAGCCGACGAAUUCACGACUGCCCAUCUGCUCUAGGCAGCUGCAGCUGCAAUCAUAAUCCUUCCGUGAUGGAUGCUGAGCCAUGGGGUUUUCCAAAGCUGCCCCCUCCCGACGAAGCCGCGAAGGUGCUCCCCAGAGAAGUCGCCUUCGGAUUCGUGACGUUCUUGUUUUGCGGCAUUGCCUCUCUCGUGUGCUGGCAAUCCCUUCUAGGGAUGCUGCCUUAUAUAGAGCAGCACGCGUAUGGUGGCGCGCCUUACGGCAAUAGCGUCUUAGGCAUCUACCAACUGGGGUGCAUAGCAGUGCAAGUCGCCUUCAUUCUCUUCAUUGACGCCAUGAAGCCGGGCAUGCUUGUUGCAGCCAUAGUUCUAGAUGCUGCUCUCGCCCUCCUUCUGCCGCUCGUUCUCUCCAGGUGUACACACACCCUGAGCAUUGCCCUUUUUCAUUGCAUUGCGCUCGGCUUUGGUGUCUGCGCUGGGGUUGUCUCGGGGGGAGCAAUCGCUCUCGCAUCCUCCGUUCCCUUUGGCUUUAUCGGAUCGUUCUCAAUGGGCCAAGGCGUCUGCGGCAUUGUCGCCUUUGUGGUAAACCUCGUGGCUUCGCGUUACCUCUUCGACUUGGCGACUUCUGAAGGCGCAAAGUCUAUGUUCUGGCUGGUAUUUGGAGCGAGUGCAGCGGUGUCUGUCUUUUCUGCAGUGCUGCUGGUGGUUUCUCUGCGGCAGCCAUGGGCUAGAAGAGGUCUGCAGCGAUACUGGACGGCAAAGCGCAGGCGCGCAGCAGCAGCAGCAGCAGCUGCUGCUGCUGCAGCGGCUGCUGCAGCGGAAGAGGAGGCGCGGGAGACGCCUAGGGAGCGGCGCUGGGGUGUAUGGUCGCUGACGUGUGCGUGCGGCUCGAGGGCGGGGGGGGCCCCUUCUUUGGGGGGCCCCCCCGCGGAUGCGGAGACGCCGUGGCGGCGCUUUCUGAGGCGCUGGAGGGGUACGCAUGCGGCAGCAGCUGAAGUUGCAGCUGCCGUGCAUGCAGCGGGAGACGCGCGAACGCAGGCGCUUGUCGUCAUUGGAGGCGAAGGCUGCACGGCGCGGGAAGGGGGCGGAAGUUGCGACGGAGCUUCUCGGGGAAGCUGCAUGCACAGCAGCGGCAGCAGUUUGUGGCGGCUGUACCCCCCUCCAGACGCCCCUCUGGCGGAGCGCGCGCAGACGACAGAAGUCGACGAGAGCGUUCUCCCCUCGCGAGGCUGGCGGUGCAUUCUGUCGGCUUGCUGGGUGUACUUGCUGUGUGUCUUCUUCACGUUCGUGGUUAGCUUGAAUCUCUACCCGCGUGUGGGGCCGAUGAGCUGGAAUUACGGCGGCGGCUUCAGCGCUGCGAACGAGCAGUACAUCAUUUUGUUUGGUGUCUUUUGCGUCUUUGACUUCGUGGGGAAGGCGCUUCCGGAUCUCGCGAGGCACUCCCGCCUGCAGUGGUUGCGGCUUUCGAAGCGCAGCCUCGUGAGCCUUGUUCUGAGCCGCGCGCUUCUUGGCGUUUUCUUCAUCCUCGGCAUGCUCUGCAGGAACCACCCCUUCCUGAACGCCUUCCCCUGGUAUGUCUGCCUCGUGGGGGCGCUUGCACUCACCAGCGGCUGCUGCGCCACUGCCUCCAUCUCGGGAGCUUGCAACUCCGUCACGCGCUUCGAGGAAAAGGAGAUCGUCGGUCCGGCAGCCGUCCUCAUGCUCCUCCUAGGCAUUGCCUGCGGGGUGUACUCGGCGUAUAUCUACUGA